CGCCGACAAGAUCACCACUCUCAAGCACCAAUCCAACCACCAAAACCAUUGUUUCUUUACUCUAAUCUUCAUUCACUUAUCUUCUCCUUGUUACGAUGCAGUGGUCUUCGUCCACCCUGCAAGCUUUCUUGCUAUUGCUCGCAAUCCCAGAGACUCUUGCAGCCCCAGCCGCAGCGGGAAUCUCUUUGCCAAGAAACAUAUUCGGUCUUCAGCGCCGACAAACCCAGCAGAAUGCAAAUGAGCAAUCCUGGAUCAAGAAAUGGGCCGCAGUUGGGGAUUCCUAUGCUGCAGGAAUUGGCGCAGGAAACAGAAUCGACUACUCGUGCUCACGAUACGAUAGCUCUUAUGCUAAUCUGCUCAAUUCGUCGCCACGUAUGAGCGGCACGCAAACAUUCGAGUUCUUGGCUUGCUCGGGUGCCAAGAGUCCAGAUGUUGAGAAACAAGUCGCGCAGUUGUCUAGCGGAUAUGACAUGAUUACUGUGUCGUCCGGUGGCAACGAUGUCGGCCUCGUAGACUUGCUGAACGAGUGUGUCUACACCUGGAAUCCUAAGAUCGGAUGUGAAAAGACAAUUGCCAAUUCAAAGGACCUCAUCCAGAACACUCUGCCGAAAAACCUUGACUCUCUUUAUGGCAAGCUUAAAGGUAAAGUUGGGCAAGGCACUGUCUAUGUCACUUCUUAUGGUCGCUUUUUCGAUGAGACCUCAAACGAUUGCGACAAAGUGUCCUGGCAUUGGUUCACAUUCCCCGUGAACUGGCUGAAUUGGCAGUAUCUUACGGUAGACCGCAGAAAGGCCAUGAAUGAGCUAGUCGACCUGGUCAACGAACAGAUACGACAGGCUGUCAAGCGUGCUGGGUCUCAAUUCGUGGUAGUUGAGUGGGAUAGUGCUUUUGGAACGUUUGAGGGCCGAUAUUGCAUGCCUGGAGUACAGGAGCCGCAGCCAAACCGUGAUCAACUAAUGUUCUAUCUGGACGGGACCACAGAGAGCAGUAAGAAGAAGCGCCAGAACGAGGAUGGGUUCCCCGAGGGCUCUUUCGAAGCUCAAGUCCAAGGUUUGAUCAAGGAAGGCCAGGACACAAUCAAAGCCAAUAUGUCGGACUCUGAUCCUAAGCCACAAUCGCUCAUUUCGCUCCCGAUUCCAGACAACUGGGCGCGUGUGUUCCAUCCGCUGAAGAAGGGCCAUGCUAUUAUAGCCAGCAAGAUAUUCUUCCACAUGGCACAGACUCGGGCGAAGCAGUUGAACAUCGGUCAGGGAGCUGACAUUGUCGACUUGUCUGCAGGUACAUGUACCAUCAAGCCACCCUUGCCAUCAAAUCCUGCGAUUGGUACUCAAGGGGAGCUGAGCGCCAACUUUCCCAAGUACUGGAUCUUAGGCGACGGCAAACAGCAUGACAUUACUGAUAUGUACUAUCGGCUCCGAGACAAGACUUGUCAGAACAUCUGCGAUGCCAGUGCUAUUGCGGAUGUUCCGUCGCAGUUCGUCCGAGCUACUCGAGUAGGAGACGAAGGGUGCGCCUAUUCAGUCAAGAUCUCUAAUGAUAAGGAGCUCUACCUUUACGCGACCCAAGACGGUAGCAAUUGCUACCAGGCCACUGAGCAGCUCCUGACUCAACACGGGAAGACAAAGGAAUCGGCGUGGUAAGUUUUCUCUUUCGUUUGUUCAGGAGCAUGACACCGACUAAUGCAUUCGCGCAGGCUGCAAACAGAAGCCAAUUACGAAUUUUACCAAAUCGGCGUCCGUGACAUCAACACUGAAGGUCCUGGCGGUUCCAAGCAUGAUGGCUUCCCUGCCGAUAACCAGCACUUGGGAUAUCUCCACCUCGCUUGUCGGCGCUCCGAUGGCGGUGCUUGGCAGUAUAAUUUCAACCUGAAGCUUUCGGCAUACGAGCAGGGCGACCAGUGGGGCAAGAAGCUAAAGAGUGAGCUGG